AUGGAGCUGUUCAGCGAAGGAGACAGCAGCAGCAACAGCAGCAGCAGCAACAGCAGCAGCAGCAGCAGCAGCAGCAGCAGGGGGAUCCCCCCCGUUGCGGUGUAUGCGGAGCUCACCGUCAGAGACACAAAAGGAGACAGUAUCUUCGGCCCCGCAGAGAUGCUCUGCCCCCACACAACUGUCCCCUUCUCGCUGCUGCGCCUGCAGCAGCAGCAGCAGCAGCAGCAGCAGCAGCAGCAGCAGCAGCAGCAGCAACGGCAGCAGCGGCAGGGGGUUGAUACUUCUAGACGACUUGCUGCUGCAGCAGAAGAGAAGCAGCACAACACAAACGACAUGCUCAUACAGCAGCAACACCAGCAGCAGCAGCAGCAACAGCAGCAGCAGCAGCAGCAGCAGCAGCGUUCAGCAGCAGCACCAUCUCUAUCUGCUGCUGCACUAGCACCUGCUCCGUCUCCUCUUGUCCCUCUCUUUUUCUCCCCUCAAGAGGGGGCCCCCCAGGGGGCCCCCCAGGGGGGCCCCCAUGGGGGCCCCCAGGGGGGCCCCCCGGGGGCCCCCCUUUGGGAGCCGGUCCCCCAGCAGCAGCAGCAGCAGCAGCAGCAGCAGCAGCAGCAGCAGCAGCAGCAGCAGCAGCAGCAGCGGGCGAGCCUCAGCAGCGCUCGCGGCCUUUUGGGGUCUGCGAUGCCUGAGGGGGUAGAAGGCUUGGCUAACAAGGAAUGUAUAGGCCGUCACUCGAAGCAGCAGCACGAGCAGCAGCAGCAGCAGCAGGAGAUGCAGCAGCAGCAGCAGCAGCAGCAGCAGAAGAAGAAGCAGAGCUUGCAUACCUCGUGGGGUGUAUAUCCACCUCCCUUUCUGUCCCCCCCGCUGCAGUUCAACUCUGCGCUAGUAAAAACCCUGGAGUAUGAGGAUGCUGUGAUAGGCGCUGCAGCGUGGCGGCGUUCUUUGUUGAACUUUGCUUCUCCUCUGCACCGAAUGAAAGAUAUAGAUGUUGCUGCUGCAGCAGCAAUCACUAAGCAGCAGCAGCAGCAGCAGCAGCAGCAGCAGCAGCAGCAGCAGCAGCAGCAGCAGCAGCAGCAGCAGCAGCAGCAGCAGGAGGAGCAGCAGGAGGGGAUAUUGGUGGAGUUUUAUAGAUUUGUUUUAAAGGCAGUCACAGCAGUCCUCGCAUACCAGCUGCUGCAGCAGCGUUCUGAAGCAAAAGCCAAAGCAGCAGCAGCAGCAGCAGCAGCAGCAGCUGCUGCUGCUGCUGCUGCUGCUGCGAGCAGAAACGCCUCAGACGAAGACUCUACAGGAGAAACAGCAGCAGCAGCAGCAGCAGCAGCAGCAGACAAGCUGCAAGGCGCUCACUGCAGCAAACCCCAAAAGCCAAUGCAAAUGAACAGCAGCAGCAGCACAGCAGCAGCAGAACCGAUAGCCAACGAAGAACAGUAG